CUCAGCGCAGCCCGGCUCGGCGGCGCUCGCCGCUCCCGCUUCCCCGGCCCGGGCUCUUUGUCGGCGGGUGCCGGCGGGGGUCGGUAGCGCCAUGUCCUCCCCCAAGAAUGGCUUCUACCGGCAGGAGAUCACCAAGACCCUCUGGGAAGUGCGGGACCGCUACCGGGACUUGCAGCCGGUGGGGUCCGGCGCCUACGGAGCCGUGUGCUCAGCCGUCGAUGGAAGAAGUGGUACCAAAGUGGCCAUUAAGAAGUUGUACCGCCCAUUUCAGUCUGAACUUUUUGCCAAACGAGCUUACCGWGAGCUGCGUCUCCUGAAACACAUGAAGCAUGAAAACGUCAUUGGAAUUUUGGAUGUGUUCACACCAGAUCUAACACUGGAGAAGUUUAAUGACUUCUACCUCGUCAUGCCAUUUAUGGGAACAGACUUGAGUAAGAUAAUGAAGCAUGAGAAACUAACUGAAGAUCGAAUCCAGUUCCUGGUAUAUCAGAUGUUGAAAGGCUUAAAGUAUAUUCACUCAUCAGGCAUAAUUCACAGGGAUCUGAAGCCGGGAAACUUGGCAGUAAAUGAAGACUGUGAAUUGAAGAUUCUGGAUUUUGGAUUGGCAAGGCAUACAGACAGUGAGAUGACUGGCUAUGUGGUUACAAGGUGGUACAGAGCCCCAGAGGUCAUACUGAACUGGAUGCAUUAUACUCAGACAGUUGACAUCUGGUCUGUGGGUUGUAUAAUGGCUGAGAUGAUCACAGGGAGACCUCUGUUCAAGGGAAAUGAUCAUCUGGACCAACUCACAGAAAUAAUGAAAAUAACAGGUACCCCAACUCAGGAUUUUGUUCAAAAAUUGCACAGUCAAGAUGCAAAAAAUUAUAUCAAAAGCCUCCCAAAAGUACAGAAGAAAGAUUUUGCAUCCAUCCUGAAGUACACAAAUCCUUUGGCUGUAAACCUUUUGGAGAAGAUGCUGGUGCUGGAUGCAGAGAAGCGAGUCACAGCAGCUGAGGCUUUGAUGCAUCCUUACUUUGAAACAAUUCACGAUCCUGAGGAAGAAAUUGACGCUGAGAAAUACGAYGAUACAUUUGAUAACAUGGAACUUCCCCUAGAUGAGUGGAAGCGCAUUACAUAUAAAGAGAUAUUGAACUUCAAGSCACCACAGACAUCGGACUCAAAGGAGACAGCAGUGUAAUUGCAUGGCUCAGUAUUUUCAGAACUCUGAGGAAAACAGAAAAGUUGUAAAUGUUUUGGCAUUCCAGGUGUAUAAAACUUUUUAUAAAUAAACUCUAUGUAAUCUGUUUCAUCUGCACUGUAAGAAAGAGCAAUGUCCUUUACUCUGCAUGUGCAAGUUGGUGCCUUUGGGAGUAGCAUUUCAAAAAUAGCCAGAAACUGCCCUUUUGCACAAAAGGACUCAGACUGCAAUAACGUGGUGCCCUCCUCAAAAGAGCAGGACUAUUUCUUCAACUCAGAGAUCAGAAGAAUACAAGUUACCACCCCAAGCAAACUGAGGACACAGUGUGUCAGAGAAGUGCUGUGACUGCUCUCCAAGGCCACUGAACCAUCUUGAACGCAAGAAGUAUUCAUGUUACUUCCUCUGGAAUAUUUCACUUUGCUGAAAUGCUUGGGAAGGCUAAACAUCUGUUACCUCAGGUACUGCAGUAGGUAGCACAGACACAGCCCAAAUUAAUUCCUGUGUCCCCUGUCUUGUGGCACUGGAAGAGAACCUCAGAAGUGUCAGUGUCCUACAUAUUUUUAAAGUAACCAGCAUAGCAGGACAAGAUUUCAUAAACUCACUAGGUAGACAGUCACURGAUAUACUGGAUAUAAUCACUGUAUAAUAUUUUUCUCUAAAUAAGUGCAGUUUCUUUUUAUAAUAGACUAGGGAUCAAGGAUUUCCAGGGAAAAAUUCUUYAGAUUUUCUAAAAUUUUUCUAACAUGUUACUAUCGAAAUUAUCUCAGACCAUGUACUGGUUAUAGAAAAUCAGUGCUGAUUUUGAAAAUAAAGCUUCAUGUGGUUCACUUUAUAGAAAAACAAAAUGAGGACCAAAAUUAUACACUGCAGCUCUUUGUUGGGAAUACCUGCAGCAAGCCGUUUUUUUUCACAGUGUACAAAGCUGUUACCAGGUGAGGAAUAAUAACCGUUCCUUUUUUUUAUCCUUAUGAACUCAUCUUGCUUGGGAAAACUUUCAUACCUUCUGUUGAGAAGUACCUUAGCAGAAGGAGUCAGCUUCCUGAUGGGAUAUAUUGCUUAGAUGCUUCAUGAGUUCCUCUUACUGUCCUGUUACUGUAUUUUCCUAGAUGCUUUGUUUGCAAGGAUCUCUGAGAGAUAGGAAAAAGAAUUGGCAAACCUUUGUGAAGAAUUUCUGUGUGAAAUUGCUUGUCUUUCUUAAUGGUAGCGUCUUUACAAUCGAUGUUUGGAUGUGGGUUAUUCCAAAUGUAAUAUGCUGUGUUGUGUUACCACUCAGUGAAAUGUAUGGGAAGGAAGAUAUUUGAUCUUAGCAGGAAAAAAAGAAAUUCCUUGGAGGUUUUUUUUUGCUUUAAUAUCCAAUAUAAACCGUAAGUUUAAUAAAGGCAUGGUUAUUCUGUUUUUUUCAAUGGAUGUUUGAAUUAAACACCUGUAAAUACUAUCAUUUUAAAAAUUGUUUGUGAUGAGUGUUGAUUAGCUGAGGUGGCCAGCUGAGAGACUAAAUAGUAACAGAAACCUUGAAUUCAUGUAUUUGACAAGCCAUUAAAAAACUACAGCUUCAGGAAAGUGUGGGGAAAAAAAGRCAGACAAUAAAUUGAAUCAAAAUAUUUUUCCAAACUACAGGUUCCUCACAGAGGAAGACACCCUUAAGAGUCAUACCCCAUUUUGCACUAUAGAYUUUCUGCUUGGUCUGCACUUUUAUGUUAAAUAGAAACUUUAUCUUUUACAGGAUAGAUGUUUUCUCUUAGAAGCUUUAAAGUCCUCUUAAAACCRUGGGGGAAAGGUGCCUAUUGGAAUAGUGAUGUUGAUAGAGCCAGUCAAUAGGAAAUGAAAAAUGUCAAACACUUACUUGAAAAUGCUGCCUCUGUAUUUAGAUGGAUUUCAACAUCCUAAAUUCUAGCAAAUGACUGAAGUCUGGAGAUAAUACAGAUGACUCAAUUGUUACUCAGGGGGAGAAUGUUUUUAAUUGAAAAACUGCUUUUCAUUUUCUUCCUAAAGGCCAAUACUUCAGUGGGCAUUUCCACACAGUCAAACCCUAAAAUCCUCCAUUGGCUGAGGUGAACUUUUCCCUCUCUUAAUUUUAACUUAGUGUUUGGAGAAACAGUCAGCACACAUGAAAAAAACAUGGAAGAUAAUUUAAGUUUUUCUUGGUAGUAGAGAAACACAGAACUYUUAAAAUAACUGAAGACUUUGAUGCAUAUGUCAGCAAAGACAGAAGUACUGCUGUGCCAUCAGCAAACAGCUAAGGCAAAAUCAAGUUGGUCAAGAAGUUUCUGUGAAGAGAUUGAAUUCUGCAAAAAUGUCUCUAAAUGGCAAUAGAGAUCAUUAAAAGAAAUGAAGUGAAAGCAGAAAUAUUUUGCAGCGGAAAAGUCUCUCUCCUAAGGGAGAUACAACAGUUCCUAAGUUUUUAUUUGCUAUUCCUACUGGUGCUAAGCAGCUCAGGAAUAAGAACCCAGAUUCUGUUUGCCUUAAAAGAGACAUGUAAAUACAUUCUGCAUGUAUUUGAAAUGUAUUGUGAUAAAUAAAGAU